AUGGAAUGCACCUUCGGUUGCACCUUGAAUGCUGCAGGCCUUUGUCUGGUUGGCUGUACCCUCGGGCCAUCGAAGGCAGGCACACUGCCUGUUGAGUGGCGUUCAACACCUGUACUUGUCACAGAACGACCACCUCCCCCACGAGUGGUGGUGGAAGCAAAGCGGCCGAGCAAACGUGGCACUCGAUGGGCACCCAUGCCUUCACCGCAGCAGGUCUGGGCCCAUUCAUGCGUUACCCGAGCGAAGUUGGAAGCUGCACUGCAGGAUCCUGAGGUUACUGCUAUCGAGGUCGACGUGGCCAUGGGAUACUUGACAGGACCAAGCGGAAGCGGCACCGCUCUCGUCCCUGUCAUGGCGCACCCGCCUGUCCUCACUUCCGACCUGUCCUUCCAGACAUUUCUUGAUGAAGUCAUUCGUGACGGGCGACGUCAUGUCAAAUUCGACUUCAAGGACCUGGAGGCUGUGCAGCUUUGCUUGCCGCUGCUGGCAGAGCACAGCGAGAAGCUGGCUGCGAAUGGCCAGGCCGUGUGGCUGAAUGCGGAUGUACUUCCGGGCCCAGGACUGCGGAGUUGGCGUUGCGCCGUUCCUGCCGACGCCUUCUUCGAUGCCGCGCAGCGCCACUGCCCAGGCGCACACCUUAGCCUCGGCUGGAAGGCGAAUCCCGUGGGUCUGGAAUCUUACACGGAGGCCGACUGCAAGGCAAUGGCGGAGCUUUUCAGACGGCAUGGCCAGUCGGCGAAAGGCGGGAUCGUCUUCGCUGUGGCGGCACGCGCUGCCUCCAAAAACCUGGACCCUUUGGUUGCCCUGCUGGCCCAGGUGCCUGGAAGCCAACUGCUGUUCUGGACAGGCACCUGGGAGCCGCCGAUCCUUGCUGCCACAAAGCGCCGCUUGCGCGAGGCCUUCGCGGCGCUGGGUUUAGGGUCGCGCUGCGGCUUCGACGUGCGCACCGUCGAUCCUCCCAGGCUAUUCUGGAAAUGGAUGGCGGAGAUGACUGAAUUCGUCGCGGGCAUCAGCAACACGAUCGCCAGGGCAUUGGCCCCCAAGCUUGCAGCAAUUCAGUAA